GGUUUUGCGGCCUGCCAAUAAACCCAGAGAAGAAGAAGACGAAGUGACGUCAGCGUAAUCUUGCCUAAGGGAAAGUACUGCUGUGUGAAUGCGAUUGGCACUAGCCCCCUGGCGGAUUCAGUGGCGUGGUACUUUAGUGCCGGAACUAAAGUACGGCAAGUCCUGCGGUGUGAAAGCGGCUAAUGAGGACAAGGCUUUAAAACAUGAAAAGCGUUAAAGGCAGUGUUAAUGCAGUCUUUCUUCAUACAGGCCUUUCUAUGGUUACCACAGUAAGGAGAAGCGCUUUAUGAAGAUCUACCUGUACAAUCCUCGCAUGGUCAAACGGGUGUGUGAGCUGUUACAGAGUGGAGCCGUGAUGAACAAGAUGUAUCAGCCCCACGAGGGCCACAUCCCCUACCUUCUGCAGCUCUUCAUAGACUUCAACCUGUACGGCAUGAACCUGCUGAACCUGGGGGCUGUCAAGUUCCGCUCUUCCCACCCCAAAGUUGCUUCUCCAGCUGUCUCCCAGGAGGACACUCUUCUGUUCAGUCCCUGCUGGAGAGUGUGGCCAUUCCCCGGGCUUUGUGUUGUUUACAGGUUGCCUGAUUCCAGACCUCCAGACCUCCAGACCUCCUUCAGCUUGGACAUGAUGGUCACCUUUUCAUUGAUAAAAGGUGGCUUGAAAAGAGCAUUCGCUUUGCUCCACUGACCAAUCAUACCAGGGAAAAUUUCACCCACCAGCUGGUCCACUGGGUAGUUCCUCCUGCCAUCUUUAGUUUGAUCCCUCAAGGAGCUGCCAUACCCCAGGAUAUCCCUCACAGUUGGCAGUUCAGACACCAACAGCUCUCGCCCAGGGUUAGGGUUAGGAUUACCAUGAGCUCAACAUAAUUAUGUACAGUACAAGUCCACAGCCAAGAAAAUGUUAUUUGCAUGUCAUUUUAUUUAUGAGUAUGGAAUUAUGGAAUUAUAACACUGGAGCUUGUUAUUAUUGAACUUGAUCAUUCUGCUUCAGUUUGUGGGCUACAGCCAGUUUAUGGUUGCAGCACGUUAACAGCUUCAUCCUCUGAACGUGCGUCUGUUCAAAAAACUGCAGGAACCCAGAACACAGACAAAAAACAUAACCCCCUUCACAUCUCAACUAUUAUAACGGGUCCCCGAUAUGACCACAGUAGCAGUGAUGAUACCUUUAUUAAGCACCUUGCAGAUUGCUUCUCUGAUUGUUUUAUUGCACAACAAAAUCAUGUAUAUUAACUUUCUGUUCUAUGCAUUUCAGUUCAUUAACAUUCUUUAAUUAACACUUCACUUUCCUGACACAGUUCCACUGACUUACAUUCACUGUCAGUUACCCUUUUCUGUGAUAAACACAUAUUUCACUUGAAUUUCACAUUCAGUAGACAUUUAUUGUACCUUAAAUACAUUUUAAGAAUGAAUUAUCUAGUCUCCUACAUGAGAGAAACAAGACCUGGGCAAAGGCUAGGAAAUCAGGCUUAGAGGUAGAAUGGCUGCGUUUUAGGCAGCUAAGGAAUAGCUUCACUUCACAUGUCAAAAGUGCUAAAUCUAAGUAUUAUCUGUCAGUUACCACAAGCAACCUGAACAACCCUAGAAAAAUUCUGGAAAGC